AUGCAUACAGACACACCCAGGGUACCAAGUGAUGGUGUGUUAGGGGAGGAGGAGGAGGAGGAGGAGGAGGAGGUGCGCAUUCAGAUUCGUCAAUUGCUGGCACUCCGAAUCCGGAGAGAAGCUGGUGGAAUCGGUGCCAAGCUGGCCUCGCUUCGACAGACCCCAUUCCGGACUCCGGUCGGUGGGUGCAUUUCGCCCAACAUACACCGACCGUACCAGUUGACACGUUUCUCGUCGACACGCCGGUCAGAACCGAGAACAGCAAAAGGUUGA